AUGUCAGAGAGCUCACUGGCAGCUCCAGACUUAUUGGACCCUAAAUCCGCCACUCACAACACCAAGCCCCGCCUCUCCUUCUCCACAAAGCCAAUCACACUGACUCCCCGGGAGGAGAGUGAGAUGGUUGCCACAGUGAUGAAAUGGAAGACGGUGACGGCCAUCUUUCUUUUGGUGGUCCUGUACCUGGUGAUGGGAGCAGCAGUCUUCAGAUCCCUGGAGCAGCCUCACGAGAGUGCCCAGCGUUUGGCCAUUCUCACCCAGAAGCUGGAGUUCCUGUCCACACACUCCUGUGUCAACCAGAGCCAGCUGGAGGAGCUGGUUAAGCAAGUAGUGUCUGCCAUCCGCUCAGGAGUGAACCCUGCAGGGAGGCUGACCAAUCACAGCAGCCUGUGGGACCUAAGCUCCGCCUUCUUCUUUGCUGGGACUGUCAUCACAACCAUCGGUUUCGGGAACACCUCUCCCCACACAGAAGGAGGAAGGAUCUUCUGCAUCAUCUACGCCUUGUUGGGGAUUCCUCUGUUCGGCUUCCUCCUGGCUGGCGUAGGAGAUCAGCUCGGCACCAUCUUCGGCAAGGGCAUCGCCCGAGUGGAGAAAAUGUUUGUGCACUGGGACAUCAGUCAGACAAAGAUCCGGGUCAUCUCCACGCUGCUGUUCGUGCUGUUCGGCUGCCUGCUGUUUGUGGCGCUGCCAGCGGCCAUCUUUAAACACAUCGAGGGCUGGUCUGUGCUGGAGUCCCUUUACUUUGUGGUCAUCACGCUGACCACCAUAGGAUUUGGAGACUUUGUGGCAGGUGGUUCAGAAAUAGAGUACUUAGAUUACUAUAAACCAGUUGUUUGGUUCUGGAUUCUGGUGGGACUCGCCUACUUUGCUGCCAUCCUCAGCAUGAUAGGAGACUGGCUCCGAGUCAUCUCCAAGAAGACCAAAGAAGAGGUAGUGGAGAUCCGAGCUCACGCUGCAGAGUGGACGGCUAACGUCUCCGCAGAGUUCAAGGAGACACGGCGGCGUGUUAGCGUGGACAUCCACGAUAAGUUCCAGCGUGCCACUUCAAUUAAACGCAAACUGUCCACUGAUCUGGGAUUCAUCCCCGGCCCUGAGCUCACCCUGCCCAGGAGGACCAUGUCCGUCAACUUCAGCGACGAGCGGAGAGAGAGCCUGAUCACUCCUCUGGCCCGAAACGGAGGCUUGUUCAUGAACGGUUUGGACCCCGAGCGAGGAGAUAUCGUGGACCACUUCAAGUAG